UGAAAAAGCAAAGUUUGCGUCGUUAUUCCGUUGCCAUACGACGUCGUCUAGUAGCCAGUGCUCCCCGCUUCCCGGGAGCUCUAAAUACCGCCUUCCCUCUCUGCGUCCAAGAGCUUCACUGCGUUUGCCCAAGAAUCUCAAGAGUGAUCUUUGAAGAUGGCAGUUGGGAAUUCGAAUGCAUCUGAUCGGGAUGCUGAACCAUUUGUGGAGGUUGAUCCAACUGGACGGUAUGGGCGGUAUGCUGAUCUCCUUGGUCAUGGUGCUGUGAAGAAGGUUUAUAGGGCUUUUGAUCAGGAGGAAGGUACAGAGGUGGCCUGGAAUAAGGUCCGGUUGUGCAAUUUCAGCGACGAUCCAACACUCAUAAAUCGGCUUUACUCUGAGGUUAAGUUGUUGAGGCAAUUGAAGAACAAGAAUAUCAUUGUUUGUCACAGUGUUUGGAAGGAAGAGGCGCAUAACACUUUGAAUUUUAUCACUGAGGUGUGCAAUUCUGGAAACCUGAGGAAGUACAGGGAGAAGCAUCCCCGUGUGUCGCUUAAGGCUCUCAAGAAGUGGUCGAGACAGGUGCUUGAGGGAUUGGAAUACCUCCAUACGCAUGAGCCGUGCAUCAUUCACAGAGAUCUUAACUGCAGCAACAUCUUCAUCAAUGGGAAUACCGGCCAGGUGAAAAUUGGUGAUCUGGGGUUUGCCGCAAUAGUGGGAAAGAACCAUUUAGCACAUUCGAUUAUAGGUACACCUGAAUACAUGGCGCCCGAGCUGUAUGAAGAGGAUUACACAGAGAUGGUGGACAUAUACUCGUUCGGGCUGUGCUUGCUGGAGAUGGUGACAAUGGAGAUACCAUACAGCGAGUGCGACUCUGUUGCUAAGAUAUACAAGAAGGUGACAACAGGUAUCAAGCCUUUAGCAUUGAACAAGGUGAACGAUCCAGAGGUGAAGGCGUUCAUUGAGAAAGCCAUAGCCCAGCCGAGGGCAAGACCUACAGCCUCUGAUCUUCUCAGGGAUCCCUUCUUGUCUGAAGUCAAUCAGUAAGAGCCUGACCCGAGCUUGUGAUGGCUUUUCGACACUUCUCAUCUUUCAAGACCUCGUUUCAUAAUACAGGAGUUUCGUCUGGCUCUCAUUUCUGAGCCAUCACAACCGCUUGAUGGGGUUUCUGUUCAAGUGUAUGCCCAUACUCUCUCUCUCUCUCUCUCUCUCUCUCUCUCUGUAGUUCUUGACCUGUGCAGUUGGGUUUGUACUGAAAAUGAAUGCUGGUACUCUAUACUCCAUAGUGAUGUUGCUUUUAGAGGUCUUCGAAAAUAUUAUGGGAAAGUUUUAGUUUGUUUU